AUGGCGGCCUCAUUGUCGGAAUAUGAAAAUUCCAUGUUUCUUGAGCUCAUGGACGACGAUGGCUUGUUCGUUACAGCGAAGUACGUAAGCUUUUCAAAGCAAAAAACAUAUCUUGAUUUCUGCUUGAAUUUAUAUGCACAAAACUAACGACCAUUGAUGGAGGGCGAACAACUAUAGCUGUUUAUUUCAGCUUGAGUUUAAGCUUAUGUUCUACAAUUUCAUUCAUUACCUCAUAUAAAUGUACAACAGAUAAAAUUGAUUGAUUGAUUACAAGCGUGAUCUGAGAAGCAUAAACAUUGAUACCUGUAAGCUUAAGCCGUAGUUACUAAAACAAGGAAUGACCUACAAUGACCUACAAGGAUCUACAAUGACCUACAAUGACCUACAAUGAUCUACAAUGAUCUACAAUGACCUACAAUGAGCUACUAUGACCGAACGUGUAACCCCUGUAAUGAGCUAAAAUGAAGAUUUUAGAAAAAGACAAAAAAAAGACCAGGGGACGUGUGUCGUAGUUACUAAAACAAGGAAUAACCUACAAUGACCUACAAUGACCUACAAUGAUCUACGAUGAGCUACAAUGAGCUACUAUGAGCUAAAAUGAGUUAAAGUUUAAGUCCUACAAUGAGCUACAAAAUGACAGACACUGAUGUUUGUCGUGUGUCACGCUUGGAUGUGACACUAGGCUCAUAGUAUUAAAUUGCCAAGCACAUUUUGAAAAGGCAAAACAAAAAUUGUGCCUGAUCUCAGGUAACUUGAGAAACUCGAAAAUAGAUUAUUGCAAUCGCGUUUUUACUGGUAUAGCACUAUUAUACCCUGUAUUGACGGAAGUCAUGCAGGCACUCCCUUAUUUGGCCUAGAUGGGUAUGGGCCGCUGAGCAGGAUAUGGAUUUUACUAUUUAGCGUUACAAACAGAGCAUCCUCUUGGACCGAAAGCCAUUUAAAGGGUCUUAUGAUGUCUUAUACAGGCCAGGGUACUUAAAAAAAAUGAAUAAUUUUUCUUUUGAACAGGGUCAGAAUUUGAAGGCCUCCUGUGUUAAUCUCUACCCUUACGUCCCUUGAAGAUCCCCCCGGAUCGACUGUUGGGGUGACUGUGUUUGUUCAAUUUGUUUGAAAAAAAGACAAGACAAAAUAAAACUAAUGUGAAAGGUUGCAAGGGAUGGUUUGGACAAAAGUCACAGUAUCAUCAUACAUAUAUUAUUACACUGUAAAUUUAUCUCCAAGCGUAAUAAUCAGAGAUGCUGUCAUCGUUAAAUGGGCUGUCAUGCAGUAGACUAAACGUGCUACGUUUACGCACACAUGUCCCCUGAUCUUUUUUUUUUUUGUCUUUUUCUAAAAUCUUCAUUUUAGCUCAUUACAGGGAUUACACGUUCGGUCAUAGUAGCUCAUUGUAGGUCAUUGUAGAUCAUUGUAGGUCAUUGUAGGUCAUUGUAGAUCAUUGUAGGUCAUUGUAGGUCAUUGUAGGUCAUUGUAGGUCAUUCCUUGUUUUAGUAACUACGAAGCUUAAGCUCAUGGGGUGACUGCUCCAAAACACGUGCUGACAAAUUGCAAAAGUUGCAAAAUAGAACAGCAGGAUUAUUACUCGGGCUGAUUACUCUACCAGAUCAUCAGAUGUACUAAAUUCUUUAGAGUGGUCAAACUUAGAAGAAAGAAGAAAAAGACACCUAUUAGUUACGAUGGGGGGCUACUUUAGGAAUUUCUGGGUGGGGAUGUGCCGCUGGGACCCUGGAACCCUUAACCUAACCAGAGCUAGUUCAGCUAAAUUUUGCUACCCUGUACUAGAGUAAACUCCCCAAAUCCCCCCUAUCCUAGAGUAGUUGUUUCCCCUACUAAAAUCUUCAACCAACUGAUCAGUUUCCUGAAAAAUGAUACCCUAUUCUAGACCCAAAUGUUCUGAUUUAUGUACCCUAUCCUAGAGUAAACUGCUUGAAAACCAUACCCUUCACAGCGGCACAUACCUAUAUAGCCCUUAUAUGGCAGUGGUCCCCCCCCCCCUGGUUGUAUCAGUUCAUUCUUAAUAUCUGUGGUUUGUAGGGGUUUGAGCAUGGAGAGAGUAAUAGCAAGUUUUCUGAAGAUACACUGUGUCACAAGUGAUCCGUCUUCUAUUUCAUUGGUCCUGGUGAUUAAUACAACCGAUCAAGAAGAGGUGAUAAUGAACAAUAUUAUCAGUUGAGGUUUUUGUGAUAUCUGGAAUUAUCAAGGUCCUUGAUUCUUCUGGAUAUCACAAAUACAGAAUCCAAUAAUUGUUUUAAUAAACAUGUAUUUGAAGAACAUAACUACAAACCGCCAUGCAUUGCACUCAACACUUUUUUAUAUUGUUCUUGGAAAUCAUACAUUGCGCACUCAGCCUUGAGAUUAGUUAUUUAAACUGUAGGUUGCACUGAUUAAAAAAUAAACCGUAGGCUCUCAGCCAAUGAGGAGACAGAUAGUGAGUACAAAAUCAUAUUGCAGAAACAAAGAUUUGCACAAAAAUUCUCUAGUACGCAAGAAGUGAUUUCUCCCCACAAAUUGUAUACAGGUCAGGUGACAAGUUGUGCAAAACAUUAUGUUUUGCACAACUUGUCACCUGACCUGUAUACAAAGAGUGAUUUGUUGACACGUCAUAUUGCUAUGAUAUGUCGCUUAGUGUGUCCCAACUCAAGUGUACAGUUUAUACUUUUUUGUUUUCAGGUGUCCUUUCUUCUUUCUUUAUUUGCUUGUGCUGAUUUGCAGAAUUUUAUUUUUUUACAGGAUUAUAUUCUUGAUGAGUUGAAGUCUGGAGAUGUGCCACUCCCAAAAGUCAUCACCACUGAAUUCAGUUCCUCAGAGAGGUAUGUGCAGCGUGCAAAGAAAGUUGUGUUGAGUAGCCUGGGGCUAGUGAAUUUUGCUAUUGGACUAGUGGAUUCUUUGCUUAACUUGCCUGACAGGCUAGUGAAGUUUUUUUUGGAAUCAAUCCCGCUCAUCGAAAAUCUUUUUCUGGCUACAUGUAGUUAAAAAAUUACUUGUGUGGCUAGUAUAUGCUAACUUCAACAUGCUCAAAGGGCAAGCCUGUUAACUGGCAUUCUUUGUACCCUGCUAAUGAAUAUGAAGAAUAUGAAUUUACCUUGUAGGACAAAGGUUUUUCUAAAAAAUAAAAAUGACAAUUAAAUUUGGCUAUUUUUGUGUUGCAGAGAGUCUGUGUACCUCAGUGGAGGGGUUCUGUUUGUGACAUCAAGAAUCUUAGUGGUAGAUAUGUUGACCAAGAGACUUCCCAUUCAUUUGGUUACAGGGAUUGUUGUAUAUCGUGCUCACAAGUAUGUUAAAGGUUUUGCUUGAUAUUUUAGUCAAGCCCUUCUCUACGGUCACCUGCUUAACCCUUUAAGCCUUCGACUUCGACUUUUCACCUUCUUUUCUUCAAUUGAUGUGAAACAGCUCUAGCUCAUAGUUCGAGGAGGCCUAACCUCUCAUAAGCUCCUAUAGUUUCUGUUAGGUCUCCUUGCCACUUCUUUUUUUUUUCUUUUCCUAUAUUUUUUGUAAUUAUUGUGUGGCAAAUAAAAUAAAAUAAAUAAAAUAAAUAAAUAAAAAGCCCCAAUAUCCACAUACAAAUUCUCCAAACUGAUCUCUAUACAUUUCCUUCAAGAAUAAGUUGAGAGAAUUUGAUAAAAGAUAGCGGCAUUUUCCCCUAGGUGAUCAUUUUAUUAAUUCUCAUAACCUAAUCUCUUGACAUUGUAUGGAUAUUAUUAGGAGAAAAUUGACGUUAGUCACUAUUGGGACUUAAAGGGUUAAUAUGAACACCUCAUUAUUACGGAUAGUUUACUUUGUCCCUGAGGAAAGAAAGCCCUUACAUUUUCUCUAAAUUCAACCCACUAAAUAUGGAUAUUCUGUUAAUAUGUACGCUUUGUUUGGCCCCCUCUGUGUCCUUAUUAAAGGGGUUUGACUGCAUGUACUCAAUGAAUUUAAUAGAAUUAUAAUAAUUAGAUAUUAAUCAUGAUGUUGCAAUGCAAUUUCUCUAGUCAGUUAUAUAAUGUUACUAGCAUUUCUUUUUCAGAAUCAUAGAAUCUUGCCAGGAGGCUUUCAUACUACGACUUUACCGCGAAAAUAAUAAGGUACGCAGUGGGACAUAGCAAUUUCAUACUAAGGUAGCUGACGGUAUGAGCAUUUUAAGGGCCUGUUUAUGCGGAGGUGGGGGACCCCAGAUACAUGUAGGUGAGGUAACAUGUGGUGGGUCACCCCACCAAUCAUGUAAAGGUGAUCAAAUAAAAAUGAGAGAUUACAUGUAUAUGCGGGGCUUCUGAUAUUUCGCGGAAAAAAAAGUAAAAUUUAGCGGGAUUUUCAGGGGCAAAUUCGCGGAAAAAUCGGCCGAUUUCGCGGGAUUUUCGCGGGAAAAAAGUCAAAAUUCGCGGAACAAUCGACUGAUUUCGGGCGAUUUUCGCGGGAGAAGAGUCAAAAUUCGCAGAAAAAUCGGCCCAUUUCGCGGGAUUUUAGCGCAAAAAAGUCAAUUUUCGAAAGAUUUUCAGGGGCAAAUUCUUAGGAAAAUCGGCCAAUUUCACGGGAAAUUUUGGGGGGAAACUUCGCCAAGGAACAAUCAGUAAAAAACAGCCGAUUUCGCUGGGGUUGUUUAUGGCAAAUUUCGCUAAAAUCGAUCAAUUUGGCGUCGAUAUGACCAGCGUUGGUGAAGGUUUUUUUUAACAGGGAUAAUCAUUUGCUCUUUUAACAACAGUUCGCUCGAGAAAUGAGCAAAUGUUAAAGCUAUAAACAUUAUGGUUAGUGCCCAGUUUUUCGCAACGUUCAUCUUAAAACGCCUGGUAGUUUUGGGACGUUGUUUACUCGUUGCAGUGACGAAGCUUCAAGCUAAAUUUGGACGUUUGGGGUAAAUAAAACCGGUCUGAUAGCCAAGAUAAGUAUUAAAUAUGUUUUGCCGACAUGUAUUUGGAAAUAUUUCUGGCGGAUUUCGCGGUAUUUUGCGGGAUUUCGCGGAAAUACCUGAAUUUCACGGGUCCGCGACCGCGCGAAAUAUCAGAAGCCCUGUAUAUGGACUGACAGGUUACCCCACCUAAGCAUGUUACCUCACCUAACUGGGGUCCCUCACCUCCAUGUAAACAGGCCCUUAGAUUUGUCUCUGUCAAUGUCCUCUUGGUUUUAAGUCCAGUCCAAAACAUCACACAUAUUUUUAUUCGUAGCUCAGGACCAAGUUUAAAUCUGUUUAUGUUUGUUGAACUUGCCGCAGUGAAUCAUCAAGGUGAUAAGGUACAAAACAGGACUUCCUUUUAUUAUUAGUUACCUACCCUACCCAUAAAAGGUUGACCGUGCCACUGGGUUCUAUGUCUGGUCCUCUGCUAUUUUCAAACAGGAAGAUGUCAAGAUAUAAUUUGUUUUUUUCUUUUUUUUUCAGACUGGUUUUAUAAAGGCUUUCUCAGAUCAUCCACAGGCUUUCACAAGGGGCUUCUUUCAAGUGGAAAAAGUUAUGAAAAACCUCUUUGUUAGAAAACUCUACCUGUGGCCAAGGUACAUGAAUUUUCUUCUUCUUCUUCCAUGUAACCCCACCUCUUUCAAAAGUGAAGAUUGUUAUGAAUUGACUGUUACAUAGAUAAUGCUUUAUAAGUGAAAAAGUGAAAUAAUAAUAAUAGUAAUAAUAAUAAGAUUUUUUAUUCAUCAGAUAAAAAUACAUACAGUGUAUCAGAUAUUACACUAAAAUGUAAAGAAGCAAGCGUAAAGUAUUGUAGUAUCCAAGUAAAGAAAAAGAAAUAAAAAUUGUAAAAUCUAAUAUUUCCAUGGCAAGGUUAUUCUUAAGAAUUAAUCUGUUUAAAAAGCUACAUCAACAUUUAUACAAGUAAAGAAGUUAAAAAAAAUCGAAAAUCUAUACAGCUACAUAUGUAAGUUUUACUUAAAAAGCUAUUUUUAAAACAUUCAGUAUUAACACUGGGUCUUAUCAUGGAUCUAUUUUGAAGUCACUCUGAUGAGUCCUUACAGUACAUACCUGGAUGGUUGCAAUGUGUCAGUUUAAAAAGGAGAUGUCAGUCACUUUUCUCCAAGAACUUAUUCUUUGAUGUUAUAACUAACAAAUGUCAGAUACAAUGUUGUGUUGUCAAAAAAAUUUUGAGGGGUGUACGCCCUCCCCAUCCCCCCAUGGAUAGAAUGUAACUUGUUUUUAACAGCCCAUCCUUCAACAUUAAAUUUCUGUAUUUAAAGCCAGUUUAUCCAUGCCCAAACAAUCAUUAUUUGUGUAUCUUUACAUUCAAUUAAUUUGCAUUUUUUUUAUUGGUGAAAUUCAAUAGAUUCCAUGCUACUGUGUCUGCUUUCCUGGAGAAGCACAAGGUAUUAAUUCCUCUAGUGUGUGCUACACACUUUUUCACCGUUGGUGAUGUGAUACAGAUUAAGCACAAGAGCUCGUAUGCAUUACGCUUGAAUAACAGCCAUUGUUAGAACUUUGAUUCCUCAGGAGAUACUGCAAUUUUUUACACUUGGUAGCAGGUCUUUUAUUUUGGUCACACAUGCUCUAUGGAACAGCCUACUUGCUGACGUGCAUGCUGUUAUAUGACACUUAGUACUUUUAAAAGCAACCUUAAGAAGUUUUUGUUUUGGUCUGCAUUUUAAAAAAUUAUUUCCUACUUAGUAAUGUUUUUUAAAUGUGUACAUAGUUGUACUAUUGAUCAGCAUAUGUUAAUAGCACUACAUGUAUAAAUUAAAUUAUUAUUGUUAUUAUUAUCACAUUGUUUGCAUGUUAACUAGUGUUUGGGAAUCAGCACAGAAUAUUUAUUGUGCUGUGUUUACACCUUGGGUACCUGAGAUGAAUUCCUUUUAUGUGUGUCUUCUCAAAAUACAUGUGGGUGGCUGAUGUUCUAAGCUUGUCUAUACAUGUUGAGAGGUACAUGUAACAAUAAAUUAUUUUUACCAAAAUAUUUAUUUUUCAGCCAGAAGUUAUAGAGCUUCAUCUACACUUAACACCCUCAAUGCUGGCUAUUCAAACAGCAGCUCUAGAUUUGAUUGACAGCUGUCUGAAAGAGCUGAAGAGGGCCAACCCUACUGUGAGUUUUAUCUGAAAUAACUAUGUUGUUUUGUUGAAACCCUCUGUACACACUCAUUUGUAGGAAAUAUUGUACCCUGUAAGACUUCUAUCAAAAAUUCACGGUGGCAAUUUUUGUUAUAGCUUGACCCUGAGGACCUGACGGUGGAGAACAGUAUUAGCAAGUCUUUUGAUAAAGUUCUGAGGUUUCAGUUGGAUCCAAUCUGGCAUCAGUUGGUAAAAUAAAUAUGUUAUCAUUUUUAACCUGUUUAACUAGUGGUUGUUAAGUAGCAUGUUUGUAAUUGUGGAUGGUUUUGUCUAAUUUCAAACCAAGAAGGCCUGGGUACAAGUCUCUAUAUUAUAGGAUAAACAAUGCAAGACCCACAUAGUCAGAAAGACGCACUGAACUUUGCAAAACUCUCAAGUUUGGUAAUAAUGUGGCCAAUAUCGAACAAGAUACAGCUAAUUAAAAACUUGCAACUUUACUGCUAAGAAAUGUAUGGAUUGCCAGACACACUAUCAGGACGUCUAUAUUUCAUAGUCAGGUUUGGAAAUAUUUUUUGAAUGCCUCUAUCUAGUUCAAUAUAUGCGUGAUAAACACCAAAUUUGAGAAUUUAUAAAUCUUGGUUUCCUCUGUCUGACUUGGUGGGCCUCUUGUUGUUUAUCCCAUAAUAAAAUGAGUCAUACCCAACCCCACCCUGGACUUGGUUUGAAAUUAGGCAAUUGACCCAUAAAAGGAGCUUUCCUUUUCUUCUUGUUUAGAAAUGCCAGCUAGUUAGUCACAAGUAAGUUACGAUCAUUAUGUUCCUGGGAAACUUCACACCUACCCCUCUCCUAAGCCAACAUAAACACUUUACUUCUCACUUAGGGGAGUGGUAGGUGGGCAGUUUCCCAGAAAUGUAUGAUAAGAGAUUUCUCCAUGACCAUGAAGUGUCCUCUAUUAAUUAUAUUACAUCUUUAAUGCUCUAUAAUAAAUUAUUUUUGUACAUUUCCAGGGAAACAAGACCAAGCAGUUGGUUGCUGACCUUAAAGUGCUGAGGCUAGUUUUGCUGUAAGCAUCCUAAGUCCUUUUAUUUAUCCUAUUCUGCUAACUCUUUAAGUCCAAAUGUCCACCUACAAAUUCUCCUAACUGGUCUCUAUACAUUUUGUUAAAGGAUAAGUAGAGGGAAUUUCAUGACGAUGACAUCACUUUCCCAGAACUUUUUCUCUUGAUUGUGUAUGGAUGAGUUAUUAGGAGAAAAUUGAUGUUGGUCACUCGUUAGACUUUAAAAAACAUAAAAAGAAUGCAUAGGUGUCAGUUAUCCCUCUCUUGUAGCCUGUGGCUGAAUUGACGCAGGACCAGAGAGGCAAGAACAAACUUAGCAGGUAGUCACAUAUACCACCUUCAUGACAUGGGCUAUUGACUCAGAGGCCAUGGGGGCAAGAGGAAUUUAUUGUUUUAGUAAAAUCCAACUAGUUGGUCAAAAAUAUCGAGAAUAAAAAAAAUUUAGCUAGUUAAAGUUAGACUUGAAUCCUUUUUUGCCGCCAAAAAGCCCGCGCUUUUCGCUACUAGUGGGCUAUAACAUAUAGCCCAGUAGUAGCUCAACCAAUCAAAAUGCAGCAUUGAUAAUAGACCACUAGUUGGAUUUUACUGAUAUCUGAGAUGCACAGUGUCUUCAUAGUUUGGUGUAUGAUAUAUUUAAUGUAGGCCUAUUUGUCUAGUAGAAAAUUUUCUUCAACCUUCUUAGAGCUGUAACUGCGUUUCUUAUUGUUUUGUUGUAGUUACCUUACACAGUAUGAUUGCGUCACCUUCUACAACUUUUUGGAGUCUCUCAGGUAAUCACAAUCGCCAUGUGUCUGAUCGCAGGUUGUAAUCAGAUGGAUGCUUUCAAUUCAGUGUACAUGUAUGUAUCUUUUUGGGUUAUUACUCCACAGAAACAAGAAUUAGAAACAACAAGAACAGUGUGAUUUGCUACAAUGUGUUUAUUACUUCUAGAUUUUUUGUUUAGAUUCAAACUCAAAAGUUAUAUGUCACCUUUUAGGGCCAGCCAACGUGAUGUCAAAAAUCAUUCCCUUUGGAUGUUUAUGGAUGCUGCAGAUUCUCUGUUUGUGGUAAGGUCAUAAAUUAUCAUAUUUUACACACUUGCAAAGCGUUCAUGGUCGAUCCUGCUUGAACACACAAAAAUGUGAGAAUAUUGUGUGUUCUUUCUAGUGUGAUCCCUAUUUUACGUUGGCGUCCUUGUCCGUAGGUUUUAUAUAUUUUCAUUUAUUACGUCUGCUUCCCAAGAAGGCCUAAAGAAAUAAGAACCCCUCCUUCCCAAAGGGCUAACAAGGGAUCAUAUUUUUAUGUCCAUUACUCCGGAACCGUUUUCGAGUUUUUACGUCUUAUUUUAGAGGGUCCUUUUUUUUGGGAGUGGCGACUUUUAGACUGACUUUUCUUUGACUAAAACUAUCGUUUUUCCUGACAGAACGCCAAAGCCAGAGUUAUAGAAAGCACUGAGAGGAAACACAAGAAAAAGAAAGGAGAAAAGUCAGAGCAGUAAGUAGAAAAUGCUGGGAUAAUGCCAAACUACGAAAAGUCUCUCUUUUUUCUUGGUGCGUCGAGCAAAACGCGUGAGACACGAGAUGAGAGAGGCACGAAAAAGGGAGAGGCUACCCUCUUUUUCUUCUCGCGCAGCCGCCCUCGUUUUUUGCGUUUCGCGUCUCGCCGACGCGCACUCCCCUCACAAAAUCUGAAGAAAAUGAGAGACUGCUCACUGUAGAGUGCUGGUAAAAUUGUGGCAAAUGCUGAGAUCAUGGGUUGAUCAACAAACAAGUUAAUAAAUAUGCCAGAUCAACAUAAACAAAUUAGCAAAAAGCUACAAAAGGAUGAAUGAAUAAGUGAAUGACUGAACGAAUGCCGUCAAACUAAAACAAAAAGUGAUGAUAACAAGCGUUUGCGUGGGUAAAAAAACCUAAGGCGCAACAAAUAACUUUACAAACGUACCACAGAAAAAAAUAUGCGUAUUCGCGUCCAUAAACUAUCUGUAUAAAAAUGUAAGUACAAUUGAAAAAUAAAAAUUUGAUCGUUUAUUCAUUCACAUUAUGUUGUGAGAGUUAAUUUUUAAAAGUGUACGGGAAGACCGGUAGACACCUUACACAAAUGUAACUCAUCUUUGAUUUAUAUUUUUUUCAAUUGAUUAAUUUCAGAGAUUCCAGUAAUGACAAAGAUCGGGAAGGUAGGCGUUUCCUUUACUUGUUAUAAGAGACAAUGAAAGGCCUGAACGGUUUGUAGAAAAAAAUUUCGGCUUACUCAGUGAUUUUGUUACAAAUAGUUAUGGUGAGUCCUGGGACUCAUCUUGUGAAAAAUCAUGAGACCCAGUCCAGAACCAAUGAGUCCCAGUAAACAAAGAACGAGUCCGAAAUUGAAAAUGCUUGGGCGUUUAUGUAACCAUUAAUCUGAAGACACACUCUAAAACUGAAACUAAAACAGUGUACUGAUUAUAAAAUAGUCCUUCUAUUUUAAAGCACAACAAAGGCUAAAAGAAAGAUAAUGCGUGGUUAAACAACAGCCAUAAUAACUGCCACAGAAAUUUCACGAACGGGAUAUUUCUACAAAUACACUUGUUGAGAUCGAUCGAUCGAUGUUUGCAUCUUACGGCCGGGACGCAUUCCAUGAAUUAUGACAAGUUAAGAAAAAUACUUGGUUACGCGGUACAAAUUCGCAUAAACGUGAUGCAGACAUGCUUAACCUCUCUGAUAUGGUUACAGUGACGUCAUGUGAAAACGCUCAAUGGAGAAGAAUUGAAUUUAUUAGAUUUAACUGAACUUUGUUUUUGUUGUUUUACAGAAGAAUUUGUUCUUGAAGAGAGUCCUAAAUGGAAAUUACUUGCUGACGUCUUGGAGGAGAUAGAGCGUGAUGACGCCAAAACUGAAGAGAAACGUAAUAAUAUCUCUGUUUUGUUUGGCUUUCUGAAACCGCCCUUCGUUUUUGUUUUCUUGAUGGAACAUUAACGCAUUUUUGAACAAAGAUAUAAGCACGACUAUAAGGUUAGUGCAUAAAGGUAAACUCUGUCAAAAACUUCAGACGUUCGGGAAUUUCUCAUGACCAUUUCUUAUGCCAUGCUUUCUUAUGGAACCAAGUAUAUAAGUUUAUUUUAUGAUAACACGAUUGCGGAGUCUUUUUUUAGGUGUUUCGUUAUUCCUUCUAACUCAAAAUUUCGGCUGUAACUUCGAAACAGUUAUUUCUUUAGAAGGACUGACAAGAUACAUGACCUGGUCACGUGCCAGUCCUACGUUUCCUAGGGAGGUGGUUAGUGACUUUUGACCCAUGACGCAUGACACACUCUUGUCCAAUCGGAAAACGCGCUUGAGUUUUGAUGUAUUAUAACUCGGCCCCUAACAUUGCAUGGAUUAACAAGGACUUUCUAUAGAGUUACUUACAUGAACAGCUCACUUUUUGUGUGUCUUUUUUCCAUGUUUCUUUAGUCGGUCCUGGCCAUGUCCUGAUUGCUGCAUACGACGAAAGAACUUGUUCGCAACUCAGAGACGUAAGUUGCACUACUUGUAACAUAUCAAACGCUAUGAAGCGUGUUUCUUGAUUAUAUCCAAAAAAUCAGAAGUGGUUUAGAAAUGUAUUCUUCUUAUAAGAGUGUCUUAAGACUGACCACCUAACUUAUCUCCCACUCAAUCUUGCGAUUAAAUUUUCUUGAAGCGAUUUCUAUAAUAUUGCUUUGCGUCUGACUUUACUUCCUGAAGUGCAGCUUAAAUAAUUCUCCGCUUAUUAAAAUAUUUUCUCUUAAUGUAGUUCCUGUGUGAUGGAGGCGAGGCUGUGCUGAAACGACUCUACAACAAAAUGUUUAAGAAUUCAGCAACUGUGGCUGAACCCUCAGAAACAGGUAUCACAAAUGCAAAAGGUUUCCAGUUUGGCAAUUUUUGUUAUAGCUUGACCCUGAGGACCUGACGGUGGAGAACAGUAUUAGCAAGUCUUUUGAUAAAGUUCUGAGGUUUCAGUUGGAUCCAAUCUGGCAUCAGUUGGUAAAAUAAAUAUGCUAUCAUUUUUAACCUGUUUAACUAGUGGUUGUUAACCAGCAUGUGUGUAAUUGUGGACGGUUUUGUCUAUUUUCAAACCAAGAAGGCCUGGGUACAAGUCUCUAUAUUAUAGGAUAAACAACGCAAGACCCACAUAGUCAGAAAGACGCACUGAACUUUGCAAAACUCUCAAGUCUGGUAAUAAUGUGGCCAAUAUCCAACAAGAUACAGCUAUUUAAAAACUUGCAACUUUACUGCUAAGAAAUGUAUGGAUUGCCAGACACACUAUCUGGACGUCUAUAUUUCAUAGUCAGGUUUGGAAAUAUUUGUUGAAUGCCUCUAUCUAGUUCAAUAUAUGCGUGAUAAACACCAAAUUUGAGAAUUUAUAAAUCUUGGUUUCCUCUGUCUGACUUGGUGGGCCUCUUGUUGUUUAUCCCAUAAUAAAGGGAGUCAUACCCAACCCCACCCUGGACUUGGUUUGAAAUUAGGCAAUUGACCCAUAAAAGGAGCUUUCCUUUUCUUCUUGUUUAGAAAUGCCAGCUAGUUAGUCACAAGUAAGUUACGAUCAUUAUGUUCCUGGGAAACUUCACACCUACCCCUCUCCUAAGCCAACAAAAACACUUUACUUCUCACUUAGGGGAGUGGUAGGUGGGCAGUUUCCCAGAAAUGUAUAAUAAGAGAUUUCUCCAUGGCCAUGAAGUGUCCUCUAUUAAUUAUAUUACAUCUUUAAUGCUCUAUAAUAAAUUAUUUUUGUACAUUUCCAGGGAAACAAGACCAAGCAGUUGGUUGCUGACCUUAAAGUGCUGAGGCUAGUUUUGCUGUAAGCAUCCUAAGUCCUUUUAUUUAUCCUAUUCUGCUAACUCUUUAAGUCCAAAUGUCCACCUACAAAUUCUCCUAACUGGUCUCUAUACAUUUUGUUAAAGGAUAAGUAGAGGGAAUUUCAUGACGAUGACAUCACUUUCCCAGAACUUUUUCUCUUGAUUGUGUAUGGAUGAGUUAUUAGGAGAAAAUUGAUGUUGGUCACUCGUUAGACUUUAAAAAACAUAAAAAGAAUGCAUAGGUGUCAGUUAUCCCUCUCUUGUAGCCUGUGGCUGAAUUGACGCAGGACCAGAGAGGCAAGAACGAACUUAGCAGGUAGUCACAUAUACCACCUUCAUGAUAUGGGCUAUUGACUCAGAGGCCAUGGGGGCAAGAGGAAUUUAUUGUUUUAGUAAAAUCCAACUAGUUGGUCAAAAAUAUCGAGAAUAAAAAAAAUUUAGCUAGUUAAAGUUAGACUUGAAUCCUUUUUUGCCGCCAAAAAGCCCGCGCUUUUCGCUACUAGUGGGCUAUAACAUAUAGCCCAGUAGUAGCUCAACCAAUCAAAAUGCAGCAUUGAUAAUAGACCACUAGUUGGAUUUUACUGAUAUCUGAGAUGCACAGUGUCUUCAUAGUUUGGUGUAUGAUAUAUUUAAUGUAGGCCUAUUUGUCUAGUAGAAAAUUUUCUUCAACCUUCUUAGAGCUGUAACUGCGUUUCUUAUUGUUUUGUUGUAGUUACCUUACACAGUAUGAUUGCGUCACCUUCUACAACUUUUUGGAGUCUCUCAGGUAAUCACAAUCGCCAUGUGUCUGAUCGCAGGUUGUAAUCAAAUGGAUGCUGUCAAUUCAGUGUACAUGUAUGUAUCUUUUUGGGUUAUUACUCCACAGAAACAAGAAUUAGAAACAACAAGAACAGUGUGAUUUGCUACAAUGUGUUUAUUACUUCUAGAUUUUUUGUUUAGAUUCAAACUCAAAAGUUAUAUGUCACCUUUUAGGGCCAGCCAACGUGAUGUCAAAAAUCAUUCCCUUUGGAUGUUUAUGGAUGCUGCAGAUUCUCUGUUUGUGGUAAGGUCAUAAAUUAUCAUAUUUUACACACUUGCAAAGCGUUCAUGGUCGAUCCUGCUUGAACACACAAAAAUGUGAGAAUAUUGUGUGUUCUUUCUAGUGUGAUCCCUAUUUUACGUUGGCGUCCUUGUCCGUAGGUUUUAUAUAUUUUCAUUUAUUACGUCUGCUUCCCAAGAAGGCCUAAAGAAAUAAGAACCCCUCCUUCCCAAAGGGCUAACAAGGGAUCAUAUUUUUAUGUCCAUUACUCCGGAACCGUUUUCGAGUUUUUACGUCUUAUUUUAGAGGGUCCUUUUUUUUGGGAGUGGCGACUUUUAGACUGACUUUUCUUUGACUAAAACUAUCGUUUUUCCUGACAGAACGCCAAAGCCAGAGUUAUAGAAAGCACUGAGAGGAAACACAAGAAAAAGAAAGGAGAAAAGUCAGAGCAGUAAGUAGAAAAUGCUGGGAUAAUGCCAAACUACGAAAAGUCUCUCUUUUUUCUUGGUGCGUCGAGCAAAACGCGUGAGACACGAGAUGAGAGAGGCACGAAAAAGGGAGAGGCUACCCUCUUUUUCUUCUCGCGCAGCCGCCCUCGUUUUUUGCGUUUCGCGUCUCGCCGACGCGCACUCCCCUCACAAAAUCUGAAGAAAAUGAGAGACUGCUCACUGUAGAGUGCUGGUAAAAUUGUGGCAAAUGCUGAGAUCAUGGGUUGAUCAACAAACAAGUUAAUAAAUAUGCCAGAUCAACAUAAACAAAUUAGCAAAAAGCUACAAAAGGAUGAAUGAAUAAGUGAAUGACUGAACGAAUGCCGUCAAACUAAAACAAAAAGUGAUGAUAACAAGCGUUUGCGUGGGUAAAAAAACCUAAGGCGCAACAAAUAACUUUACAAACGUACCACAGAAAAAAAUAUGCGUAUUCGCGUCCAUAAACUAUCUGUAUAAAAAUGUAAGUACAAUUGAAAAAUAAAAAUUUGAUCGUUUAUUCAUUCACAUUAUGUUGUGAGAGUUAAUUUUUAAAAGUGUACGGGAAGACCGGUAGACACCUUACACAAAUGUAACUCAUCUUUGAUUUAUAUUUUUUUCAAUUGAUUAAUUUCAGAGAUUCCAGUAAUGACAAAGAUCGGGAAGGUAGGCGUUUCCUUUACUUGUUAUAAGAGACAAUGAAAGGCCUGAACGGUUUGUAGAAAAAAAUUUCGGCUUACUCAGUGAUUUUGUUACAAAUAGUUAUGGUGAGUCCUGGGACUCAUCUUGUGAAAAAUCAUGAGACCCAGUCCAGAACCAAUGAGUCCCAGUAAACAAAGAACGAGUCCGAAAUUGAAAAUGCUUGGGCGUUUAUGUAACCAUUAAUCUGAAGACACACUCUAAAACUGAAACUAAAACAGUGUACUGAUUAUAAAAUAGUCCUUCUAUUUUAAAGCACAACAAAGGCUAAAAGAAAGAUAAUGCGUGGUUAAACAACAGCCAUAAUAACUGCCACAGAAAUUUCACGAACGGGAUAUUUCUACAAAUACACUUGUUGAGAUCGAUCGAUCGAUGUUUGCAUCUUACGGCCGGGACGCAUUCCAUGAAUUAUGACAAGUUAAGAAAAAUACUUGGUUACGCGGUACAAAUUCGCAUAAACGUGAUGCAGACAUGCUUAACCUCUCUGAUAUGGUUACAGUGACGUCAUGUGAAAACGCUCAAUGGAGAAGAAUUGAAUUUAUUAGAUUUAACUGAACUUUGUUUUUGUUGUUUUACAGAAGAAUUUGUUCUUGAAGAGAGUCCUAAAUGGAAAUUACUUGCUGACGUCUUGGAGGAGAUAGAGCGUGAUGACGCCAAAACUGAAGAGAAACGUAAUAAUAUCUCUGUUUUGUUUGGCUUUCUGAAACCGCCCUUCGUUUUUGUUUUCUUGAUGGAACAUUAACGCAUUUUUGAACAAAGAUAUAAGCACGACUAUAAGGUUAGUGCAUAAAGGUAAACUCUGUCAAAAACUUCAGACGUUCGGGAAUUUCUCAUGACCAUUUCUUAUGCCAUGCUUUCUUAUGGAACCAAGUAUAUAAGUUUAUUUUAUGAUAACACGAUUGCGGAGUCUUUUUUUAGGUGUUUCGUUAUUCCUUCUAACUCAAAAUUUCGGCUGUAACUUCGAAACAGUUAUUUCUUUAGAAGGACUGACAAGAUACAUGACCUGGUCACGUGCCAGUCCUACGUUUCCUAGGGAGGUGGUUAGUGACUUUUGACCCAUGACGCAUGACACACUCUUGUCCAAUCGGAAAACGCGCUUGAGUUUUGAUGUAUUAUAACUCGGCCCCUAACAUUGCAUGGAUUAACAAGGACUUUCUAUAGAGUUACUUACAUGAACAGCUCACUUUUUGUGUGUCUUUUUUCCAUGUUUCUUUAGUCGGUCCUGGCCAUGUCCUGAUUGCUGCAUACGACGAAAGAACUUGUUCGCAACUCAGAGACGUAAGUUGCACUACUUGUAACAUAUCAAACGCUAUGAAGCGUGUUUCUUGAUUAUAUCCAAAAAAUCAGAAGUGGUUUAGAAAUGUAUUCUUCUUAUAAGAGUGUCUUAAGACUGACCACCUAACUUAUCUCCCACUCAAUCUUGCGAUUAAAUUUUCUUGAAGCGAUUUCUAUAAUAUUGCUUUGCGUCUGACUUUACUUCCUGAAGUGCAGCUUAAAUAAUUCUCCGCUUAUUAAAAUAUUUUCUCUUAAUGUAGUUCCUGUGUGAUGGAGGCGAGGCUGUGCUGAAACGACUCUACAACAAAAUGUUUAAGAAUUCAGCAACUGUGGCUGAACCCUCAGAAACAGGUAUCACAAAUGCAAAAGGUUUCCAGUUUAUCCUUACGAGAAACAAAUGUUGCGAACGCAGAUUUUGUUUCUUGAAAGCAAGUAAUGUAUUUAAACCCAAUGGAAAACUUCCUCUUUUUCACCGAUGCAACAACGUUUCCAAGUUUAACUAGGCCCGAUACGUUUAAUUAACCUAAAGCUGUUAAUUAACUUUCUUACCUACUUGUUUUCUCAAGUUUCCUUAAGCGCUGAGACACUACGAGGCGAGGAUGAAGCAGAAUGUUCCGAAAACGUGGUAAGCUUUUCACCGAUUAGACAAAUGUAAACACUUAAUGAAUGGACAAAAUUAACUAAAUUCCAAGAAAAGAACAUUCACUAAGUGAUUUGCUAAAUGUCUACCUUCGUGUAAAUAAUUACGAAAGUAAACUUCUGAAAAUGGUCUGGAGCAUACGCAGUGAACAUUGCAUUGUUACCCUCUGACGUCAGAGAUUUUGCGAUGUUACCUGUUCAUAGACUUUUUGCGGGAAACAGUCUUGUUGUGAAGUGUUAUGUGACCUCGAAGUAACCAACGAGAGCCCAACUGUCGUCGAAAUAAUUCCAGCUAAAUAACAGUUGUUUACCAUUCACUAGGACAAACCGUUGUCCGUAAAAAUUGUACCCCACUCUCAAGUAUACUCAUUAAUAGUUACUUAUCAAUAUACUCAUAAAUAGUUACUCAUAAAAAUAUUCAUUAAAUAUUUAAUUAAACAUGACAUAAAUAGUUAUAUACUUUUAACUAGUUACCGAUACUGAUAUGAUGUUGGGGAUACGCGAACUAUAAACAAUUCCUUUCAAAUUUUACAGAAUUUUCCGGCGACGUCGCGUGGUCGUAAAGCCAGAGCUAAUGCCGGAGAAAAAGGGAAAAGAAAAGGAAAACAAACAACGUCCAAGAAACCUGUCCAAGCAGAUGACAUUGAUGAAUGGUAAAUAAUUAACAGUUAAUGAAUGAGGCUGAGUAUCUUAUGAAGAAUUAUGGAGAUCGCCCUUCGAGUUGUCUUCUUGCUGUUCUUGCCAUGUUUUUAGCUAUUUUUUCACCUAGUUCUUACUCUUGAAACGAGUGAAAUGUCCGCCAUUUUUUCAAGUUCACAACCAAAACAACUCAACCUCGUCCUCAGGUCUUCUCGGUUAACGGUGCCUUAACCUGCGAAAACGCUGCAUUUUUGAGGUCAUUUCCUCGUUAAAGUCAAAUUUCUUCCAAAUUCGGUCAUCAGUAACUGGUUUUGGUGAAUUGAACGUGUGCUUUUAGCCAAUCAGAAUCGUGGAAAUAUUUUGAAUGAAUAAUAAUUGUUUUUAAUUUGAUUCUUACGGAACAAAUAACACUUAGUGUAUAAUUAAAAACGGUCAUGGCUAUAUGAACUGACAUCCUGACUUUUUCUCCUUUCCAAUUAGUCCACCAACAGAACAAUUGUUCAAAGGUAAUUUGAAAUGGUCAUUUAUUUGUCAUCCCCGAUAAGGCGCGAUUUUCUUAUCGUUGUGCUCAAAGCUCAAGCUUAUUUUUUGUUCUGUUUUUCGCUUUGAAGGGUCAAGAUCAAAUGUCAUCUUGAGAGUGAGUACAAACCAGUCUACUGGAAAUUUGACGUUAACUUUGCACACGAAAUAUAAGAAUUAAUACUUUAAGAAAUGAUUUAAAUUAAAUACUGAACACACUCUUUAGGUAUAGCUCUAAUCCUAUAACGGUCCUGACUCAUUGCACCAUGAAAUUGCUGUUUAGCGGCUUUAGGCUAGUAGAACGGUAUCUCAGGCAGGUUUCUUUUUCUUCGCAAACAGACUCGUGGCAAGCCAAGUUUGGUAAAUUUUUUAAAAAAGGGAAAUGAAGUAAUUAAAUGAUUGGCUAACUCUUCAGAGACACGCGCGCACAUGUAAACUGCGGCAACAUAAUUUUUUUUGUUUGGGGAUUUUCGGUUCGUGGAGAUCAUUAUUGCUUUUUAUUUCUUUAGCCAGGUGAUCAGGAGAACAAGGAAACAGAGGAAGAUUCACGGCAGAUAAAACUUUUGACUUCACGAGUUGUUAUCAUUCACCCUUUAACAGGAUGCAGGUGAACCACUUUAAACGUAUCACGCUUUACGUUCUACUCGUGAGUUAGAGAGCGGGUGGUCAGGUAGGGUAGGGAGGGGAGUCAGAGGGUACCCCCUGUCCGUGUAGGGAGCUUCAUUGAGGUAGAUGGCAUAUUGGCCAUUUUAAUGGUGCGAAGUUUGAGAGCAGGUGGUGGGGUAGAGUGGGGAGAGGAGAAUGAGGGAGCCCCCUGUCCGUGUUAGGGAGCGGAGGAAGGUAGCACGUCGGCCAUUUUGAGGUUGUGGAGCUAGAGACCAGUGGGUGGGGUAGAGUGGGUAGAGGAGACGGAGGGCACCCCUGUCCGUAUAAGUGACCGGAGGAAGGUAGCACGUCGGCCAUUUUGAGGUUUCGGAGUUUGAGAGCAGUUAGUGGGGUGGAGAAAGAAAGCCGUAGGAGUUCCUGUCCUUGUAAGACAGCUUUCUUGAGGGAGGUAGUUCAUGUUACGCUUGGGACUUCAAAACAUUCCUCAAAUAGGGGCAACUUCGGAGAACAAAACAAUACCCCUCCCCUUCCCCUUCAUUCAAAAAUGGGGCGUUUUCUGCAAGUAACUCUAACAGUGGCUCAACAUUGCUUGGAGGGGGUGGAGGUAGGAAAAUUUCAUUUUACCCUUAUUAGGUCAGCUUAACGUCAAAAAGGUCGUUUUGGGCAACAUAUCUCACCUAAUUUUGUCGCUGAUUGUAGGUCAGUGUUGCGUUCAUUCGCACUCUUAGACGUUUCCUUGCUCAACCUCCAUAAUGUGUUAAAUUAACUAGCUGUAUUUGGUUCUCUUUAUUUGCUAGCGAUCGCUACAGUUUGCUGAGGACUCUUAAUGAAGUCGAACCUCGAUAUGUGGUGCUCUACGACGCACAGAUGCAGUUUAUACGUCAGCUAGAGGUAGUUUUUAUUAACUGUCCAGUAUAACUUCCUUGUAAUUUUACCAUUUCUUAACGUUCAGCACAGAUAGAUAAGUGAGUUUCUUAUCCUAGACUAACUUGCACAGCUUAAUGAUCAGGUGUACAGGAAAGUACAGCUUGGUAGCUUUAAUCUAAGACGUUAGAUUUCAUCCACGAAAAGUCAUGACAGAGUACUAACUUCAGAUGUAACACGCUUACGAGAUAUCCAUUUGUUUGUCUUCAGGUUUUUAAGGCCUCAAGACCUGGAAUUCCAUUGCGAGUAUAUUUUCUCAUUUACUCUGGCUCUGUCGAGGAACAGGUAUCUUUGAGUUACGCCCAGUUCAAACGUCGCAUUUCACAUGUGCCGAAAAUAAAUACUGAAAGCUAAUGAGGAAAAUCUAUUCUUCUUGAAUUUUUUAUAUUCUGAUUUUUUGAUGCUAUAGGUAAGUUUGAUUUAUGUCGUUAGUUAUCGUUAUGUAUUAUAAAUUUUUAGAAAUGUCAGACCAAGGUAUGUUCACUCUUUUCUAUGAUUUUACUCUUUUGUAAUUUUAAUUUUGUUUAUUUUCUCCUCAGAAAUACUUAACUACACUACGCAAAGAAAAAGAAGCGUUCGAGACUCUGAUCAAAGAUAAAGGAGUAAGUUUUCCGCAAUUUAAUAAGACUGCAUACUUAAAAGCUCGAGAAUGUAAUGAAUCUGAAGCUAUAAAACAACAAUGCAACCAUAGCUUCCAUACUAAUCGUCACGUUACAGCGGUCACAAUAAGACUUCGUUGAAGUUCUCAUUACUAGAACAGCUCCUCUACUGUAAAAACCAAGCCAGUUACAGAAAACGCAGAUAAUCCAACAAACCAAUCGGAAUUUAAAAAAAAUACAUGUAGCGGGCGCCAAACGCGGGAACCCUCUUGUGAACAAGUCACGAAUGGUCUUUGAUUGGUCGAAAAAGUGGCGCCAGACUUUUUAGCCAUUCGCGUCGCGUAUGACUGCAAAAUCGAAAGCAUUACUUCGACUAAGAAUCGCUCUCUGAGCGUAAAAAUGAGCUUAUCUGGGGUGUUCUUGUUUGUAGACCAUGGUUGUCCCAGAAGAGCGCGAAGGACGAACAGGGGCAGCCAUGAUGUUGAGUAGAGACCCAUCUAAAGCCACUGAUGCUGUAAACACGCGAAAAGCAGGAGGGCAG